GGUUAUCAGCUGAUUCAUAUGGGCCAGAUGGGGCUGCUGCGUCUACUGGUAGACUCAGAAGGCUGUUAUCAUACAUCCAAAUGGUUAACCACCAUUUCAAAUACAAGAGAAGACUCCAGAUCCAGUCCCAGAGGAAUCCAGCUCAGCUGAUCGAACGUCUACAAGAUAACGUGGUGACGUUACGCUUUUUCCCGCUUGAUAUUUUCCUCCCGCAUCAUAUUUCACUUACUUUCAGAUAUGGGAAAAGCAGUUAAGGGCGUACGCUUCAGGAGCGUUAAGAUUAAGGUGCUGAGGAGGUCUAUCACUGGCCCUGCAAAGGUUUCUUACCUAUAUCAAGGUCUCCCCGAGCCCAACUGCAAACUGACCCCCCCUUCAGACCCUCACAAGUCUAUUGCACCUCAACAGGCUGAACCUGAUGAUGUGGUACCGAGCUGCAGCUCAUGUUCUGAGACUGCGUACAGUAAGGCAAAGAAGAGAGAGCUUCAUGCCUGGGAUGCAGUUAAGGAUGACAUGCUUAAGGUGUCAUUUGAAGGUUCAGCACCAAUCACUGCCCAGUGUGUUGUCUGCCAAGAACAUGGAGAUUAUAGGUGUGUCAAAUGCAGCACCACUGCAGUGUUUUGUGAGGCUUGUCUGAAUUCACUGCACCUUCCUGAUAAGUGGAACAAUGCUUACUAUGAGCCAUCCACCCUGAGGUUAUUCCUAUAUUUACCUGAAGGCCAUGGCACCCAUGCAUUCUACACAAAGGACAUGAAGGUCAUUGUCAGCACAGGACGGCUCUGCACCGUCACAGUCAAUAUGUGUACGUGUGAAACAGAAACGUGCACUCUGCUAAGGUAUGGGCUCUGGCUAGCAACAGCCGACAAGCAUCAGACAGCCUUCUCCAUCCCUCUGCUAGAGCUUUUUGUUUGUCUGUCACUGGAGUGUCAGGUUUCUGUUGAGGGUUUUUGCAACACCCUGCGCUGGAAAAAUAACCUUACACUUGCAGAGGUUAACGCAAUCUACAGAGCCCUGGUGGGAGAAUCCAUAUCUCAUUUUAGGCAUCACCACUUCCGAAAAAUAAGUUUGGUAGAUGUUUGCCCACAAUUAGGUGAUGGGACCACAUGUCCAGCAUGUCCAAAGGCGGAUGGAGAUGUGAUAGUGACAUUGGAUGCCAACUUUGGCCUUGUGAGAAAGCAAAGCUCAGGGACAAGUGCGGUUGAGCCAUUACAUGGAACCCGCAUGUUUGUUAGUGAAAAGGAUGUAGAGGAAUACCUGCUUUCACAUCUUGACAGCUCAAAGCCUCACGAGGACUGCAGUAACUUCAAGGCUGGCAACGUGCUGAGGUCACCGCAACAAGCUAAGAAACUUGAUGUUACAGGAGUGUUUGGAGCCUCCUGUCGUCAUGAAAUGCCCCUAAUGUUUGUCAACAUGAGCCAAGGAGAACGGCAAGUCUAUGCCACAGUAGUGAUAAUUCUCCUGUUUUAUUCUACUUAUUCAAAAACAUUUUUGAAAAGCUUGACCCUAGCAUUAGCCAUAUUUUAAUUUUAUAUGUCACCAAAUAUGAACCUCACAGAAUGUAAAUGGGGGAUUCCAAAAUAUUACAAAAUUUGAACUUUACCACCAUUGUAUAAUCUUCACUUAUCUAAGAAAAAGGGUUUGGUUAAUUUUGAGUGCCCCUAUUGAGUAUGUAGGUAUUGAAUUUGAUGCUGGAGAUUAUGUAUAUAUAAUAAUGUAAUACGCUCGAUAAGUGUAGGGAAGAAAGGAGUCAGGGUCGGCGUGGCUGGGAAAACGAUAAGUAUUUUAUUCAAAUAAUAGUUCCGGGUUUCACACAUCCGGUGUUCAAAAUAAAAUUCCCGCUCGAUCCUUCCGGAUCUAAGAAUCUCUCGUCUCUCUGUUUCCUCUGGAUACAGCGUCUCUGUAGCUCUGGCACUCGUUUUCCCAGCCGGUCUCUCUCUCUACCUCCAGAUCUGCCUUUCGCUUUUAAAGCGUCUCCUCGCCAAUUACUAGAAUGAGAAGCAGGUGUUUUCACUAAAACGUUGAUCUGCCUACUCACCGUCUUUCUCCCGACACUCCCCCUCUUCACAGACCGUGCUGAACCACGCCCACCUCGCCACAAAUAACAUACAAUAAAUUUACAUUGAGCUGAUAUAUCAGCACUGUUAA